AUGUAUAGACAAUUUCUUGUCCGCCCGGAGGACAAGAAAUAUCAAAGGGUCCUGUGGCGCGACGCCGAUGGACAGGUAAAAACAUACGAACUCAAUACCAUUACAUUCGGGUUAUCACCCGCCCCAUACCUAGCCAUCCGUUGCCUCAAUAAAUUAGCCGAAGGCGAAGAACACCGUUACCCCAACGCAGCGAAAAUUAUUCAACGGGACUUUUACGUGGACGACACGUUAACCGGGGCCUCAACAAAAGAAGAAGCCUUGAGGCUAAGGGAAGAAUUAACCCUCGUGCUAAAACGAGCCGGUCUAAAUAUUAGACAAUGGGCCUCGAAUGGCAGGGAUCUGUUACAUGGUCUGGCAGAACAGGACCUGAAUCGCAACCUGGAGAUCGGAGAAUCCUCAACCCUCAAAACACUUGGAAUAUUCUGGAACUCCACCAACGACUCCAUUCACUACGCAGUCAAGAUAACCACACCUACCAGACGCAUCACAAAGCGGACGAUAAGCUCAGAAAUAGCGAAAAUCUACGACCCACUAGGUCUUCUGGGACCGGUUAUCAUCACCGCGAAGAUUUUACUUAAAAAAAUCUGGUCCAUUAAACUAGACUGGGACGAAUCUCUACCAGCAAGCAUCCACAAUGAAUGGGAGAGAUAUUAUUUACAACUACCACUCUUGAACAACGUCACGUUCCCACGAAAGGCCAUCAUCGAGUCAGCAGAAAAACUCGAGCUACAUGGCUUUUGCGACGCCAGCGAAAAGGCGUACGGAGCCUGCGUGUAUUUACGGUCCAUCGACAAACACGAUCUCUUGAUCGCGAAAUCAAGGGUAGCUCCAUUGAAACAACAGACAAUCCCUCGUCUGGAACUGUGCGGAGCCCUGCUACUCGUAUCACUAGCCAAGACCGUCGAACAAGCUUUCCAUAUCCCAAUCAAUCACAGCUUCUACUGGACCGAUUCAACGAUAGCCCUCCAUUGGCUCAAUACGCCUCCAAAUACCUUAAAAACUUUCGUCGCCAAUAGAGUAUCAGAAAUUCAGCAGAAAACUAGCAUCACCAAUUGGCGCCACGUUAGAACCACGGAUAAUCCUGCGGACAUUAUCUCGCGAGGACAGACGGCAGAGGAAUUUCUUCAGCCAUCCAUCUGGCAUCAUGGUCCAUCGUGGCUAACAAAAAAUCAAACACUCUGGCCAACGUGGGACAACCCGGCCAUCAAUGAUAUACCCGAUCAGAAGAGAGUCAUCUGUUUAGUUACAAACACCAUGGAUUCCAGCAUCUUCGAAAAGUAUUCCUCGUGGAAUAAACUUGUGCGCGUUGUCGCCAGAUGCUUGCGGUGGAGACCAAAACAAUGCACGAAGGGAACACUCACCACACCAGAACUACUAUAUGCGCGCAGUAGAUUAAUCAAAUUAUUACAGCAACAGCACUUCGCCGGCGAACUGCAAUCUAUCCAUAAAGAAAAACUCUCAGUUAAGGCAGUUCACCUGGAGUUAGUGAGCGAUCUCACGAUCGAAGCAUUUAUUGCAGCUCUAAGACGGUUCGUAGCUCGGCGAGAGUUCUGCACAAACCUGUAUUUGGACAACGGUACAAAUUUUGUAGGCGAUAACAAUGAGUUACGAGAACUUCGUGAACUCAUAAACUCGAAGGAUCACCAGGACAAGGAACGGGAUUAUAGAGAUGUACCUCCAAAUCGCUUAUCUAGCUGGAAACAUAUCCAGCAGAUAAAGCAACACUUCUGGACCCGCUGGCGCCGGGAGUACCUCAACGAACUGACAAGCCGUAGCAAAUGGAAAAAGGGUAACCAUUUUAUCAAGGAAGCCAUCGUCCUUCUCAAGGAGGACAACGUACCCCCAACACAUUGGCCUCUAGGUCAAGUAAUCAAGAUCCACCCUGGUUCCGAUGGUGUCGUUCGUGCGGCUACGGUGAAAACGAGCGCGAGUGUACUUGACCGAAGCGUCAAAAAAUUAGUACCAUUGCCCAAUCAACCCCUGGAUGCCGAGUGA